AAUCAGCUGCUGAUCGCGGCUAGGGCUGGGGGCUGAGCACACCGGCACCAGCCUACUUCUUGGGCAGCAAGGCAGCAGGAUAGAGGGGUUUGUAAAAAUGCCUUCCACCUACCCUGCUGGGCUUGCCUGAGAGACUCUGAGUGUGGGAAGCGAAGACAAUUAUCGCUAGGCUGGAGAACAGAAAGAGCACCGUCAGUCCAGCGAGUUGCAAGCCUAGUGCUCACCUGCAGAGACAGAAUUCCUGAGCGAACGAACAGAGCGGCUCCUCUUCCAUCUCCAGAAAUGACCUCCACCUUCAACCCCCGAGAAUGUAAACUGUCCAAGCAAGAAGGGCAAAACUAUGGCUUCUUCCUGCGAAUUGAGAAGGACACCGAGGGCCACCUGGUCCGGGUGGUUGAGAAGGGUAGCCCAGCAGAGAAGGCUGGCCUUCAGGAUGGAGACCGAGUUCUUAGGAUCAAUGGUGUCUUUGUGGACAAAGAAGAACAUACGCAGGUUGUGGAUCUGGUCAGAAAGAGUGGGAAUUCAGUGACUUUACUAGUUCUGGAUGGGGAUUCCUAUGAGAAAGCAAUGAAAACACAGGUGGACUUGAAAGAGUUGGGUCAAAGUCAGAAGGAGCAAGGUUUGAGUGAUAAUACACUUUCCCCUGUGAUGAAUGGAGGCGUGCAAACUUGGACCCAGCCCCGGCUCUGCUACCUCGUGAAGCAGGGAGGCAGCUAUGGCUUCUCUCUGAAAACUGUCCAAGGUAAAAAGGGGGUGUACAUGACUGAUAUUACACCUCAAGGUGUGGCUAUGAAAGCUGGAGUUCUGGCUGACGAUCACUUGAUUGAAGUGAAUGGAGAGAAUGUAGAGGAUGCCAGCCACGAGGAAGUGGUUGAAAAGGUGAAGAAGUCAGGAAGCCGUGUCAUGUUCCUGCUAGUGGACAAAGAGACUGACAAGCGUCACCUUGAGCAGAAGAUACAAUUCAAAAGAGAAAUGGCCAGUUUGAAACUGUUACCCCACCAGCCCCGAAUUGUGGAGAUGAAGAAAGGAAGCAAUGGUUAUGGUUUCUAUCUGAGGGCAGGCUCAGAACAGAAAGGUCAAAUCAUCAAGGACAUAGAUUCUGGAAGUCCAGCAGAGGAGGCUGGCUUGAAGAACAAUGAUCUGGUAGUUGCCGUCAAUGGCGAAUCUGUGGAAACCCUGGAUCAUGACAGUGUGGUGGAAAUGAUUAGAAAGGGUGGAGAUCAGACUUCACUGUUGGUGGUAGACAAAGAGACGGACAACAUGUACAGACUGGCUCAUUUUUCUCCAUUUCUCUACUAUCAAAGUCAAGAACUGCCCAAUGGCUCUGUCAAGGAGGCUCCAGCUCCUACUCCCGCUUCUCUGGAAGUCUCAAGUCCACCAGAUACUACAGAGGAAGUAGAUUAUAAGCCUAAACUCUGCAGGCUGGCUAAAGGUGAAAAUGGCUAUGGCUUUCACUUAAAUUCGAUUCGGGGUCUGCCAGGCUCAUUCAUCAAAGAGGUACAGAAGGGCGGCCCUGCUGACUUGGCUGGGCUAGAGGAUGAAGAUAUCAUCAUUGAAGUGAAUGGGGUGAAUGUGCUGGAUGAACCCUAUGAGAAGGUGGUGGAUAGAAUCCAGAGCAGUGGGAAGAAUGUCACACUUCUAGUCUGUGGAAAGAAGGCCUAUGAUUAUUUCCAAGCUAAGAAAAUCCCUAUUGUUUCCUCCCUGGCUGAUACACUUGACACCCCUCCAGAUUCUAAAGAAGGAACAGUGGUGGAGUCAGGGCAUGACUCGCACAUGGCAAAAGAACGGGCCCACAGUACAGCCUCACAUUCUUCUUCCAAUUCUGAAGAUACAGAGAUGUGAUGAAAACAAGUAAUAGCGUUGGCUGUUUAUUUGAUAGCUAUUUCUGGGUAUUUAAUAGGAAUCGUUUCUCAAGGAAUGAGUUGCGACCAGUUUACUGUCUCUUUAGAAGAAAAACUCCACUGGAAACCAUUCACCAUGUGUGACUGGUCUUACGGGUGGCUAUUGCAGACUGCUAAUUUAUGCUUAACUUAGGAAGAGAUAAGGCAAGAGCUAGAUUUUUUUCAUGUGAUCUCUUCCAAGCUUCAACUUAACUACAUUUCUCUGUAUGAUGAUGUCUCUUACUUCUACAGGUUCCUUGAGCACCAAAGAUGAUUCAUAACUCUGUAUAGGUGAUAGCUGCUUAUUAAAGCAUCUUAGCAGAUAAGCCUAUUAAAAUUGUGCUUUUGUAACAAUGUUGUAGUUGCUAGAAUAAAUACCAUUAACAAAUGCCUUCUGAGUACACUUGAUAGAGCUUUUGUUUUGGAUUCACUUUUUAUGCUUUAACCUUCAUUUGCUUCUAGAAACCCAAAACACAUUAAGUACAAAAUAAGACCUUAGUAAUAAAAUUCAGAAUUUUCUUAAAUUGCAUGUCUGAAUGUUCUAAAAAUUUUUCAACAUUUCCCUUUCACAAGUGACUCAUUCCCCCAGUUAAGUUAUUCAUGGUUUCACCCCACAGUGUGAGGGGCAGAUAGAAAAAAAAAAAAA